UAAAAAUCAUUUUCUCUUUCUUUAUUUGUUUUCUUUUUUUUCUUUCUUUCUUUCUUUAAGAUAAGAUUAACUUUGUAUAGAGAAAUGAAUUCUGAUAAAUUAACCCUUCUUAUUAUCGGCUCUGGUGGUCGUGAACAUGCUAUUGCUUGGAAGCUUGCUAAAUCCAAUAAAGUUCAACAUAUUUUUGUUGCUCCUGGUAACGGUGGAACUUCAACCGAGAAUAAAGUUACCAAUGUUAAUAUUAAUGUCAACGAGUUUGACAAAUUAAAAGAAUUUGCUAUUGAAAAUAAGGUUGAUCUUGUUAUUCCUGGUCCCGAACAACCUCUUGUUGAAGGUAUUCAAGCCAUAUUCAGAAAAGUUGGUAUUCCUUGUUUUGGUCCUUCCCCUAAAGCAGCUCAAAUGGAAGGUUCCAAGGCCUUUUCUAAAGAUUUUAUGAAAAAACACAAUAUUCCUACAGCUGCAUAUGAAAUUUUUACAGAUUAUGAAAAAGCCAAAUCUUAUAUUGAAUCCAUUCAACAUAAAGUUGUUUUAAAGGCGUCAGGUUUAGCAGCUGGGAAAGGUGUUUUAAUGCCCGAAAAUAAACAGGAGGCCCUUGAAGGAAUUAAGAAAAUCAUGAUAAAUAGAGAGUUUGGUGAUGCAGGUAAUGAAGUUGUGAUUGAAGAAUGUCUUGAAGGAGAAGAGUUAUCUUUCUUGGCAUUCUCAGAUGGUUAUACGGUUAUUCCUUUGCCUCCAGCACAAGAUCAUAAGCGUGCUCUUGAUGGUGAUCAAGGACCCAACACAGGUGGUAUGGGUUGUUAUGCACCUACACCUAUUGGAACUCAAUCAUUGAUUGAAGAAGUCAAGAGAACUAUUUUACAACCUACUAUUGAUGGUAUGCGUCGUGAUGGUUUCCCCUUUGUCGGUAUGCUUUUCACUGGUAUCAUGUUAACUGCCUCUGGUCCUAAAGUCCUUGAAUACAAUGUUCGUUUUGGUGAUCCAGAAACAGAGGUUGUAUUGCCUCUUUUGAGUGAUGAUACUGAUUUAGCAGAGAUCAUGAUGGCUUGUGUUGAAGGUCGACUUGAUGCUGUAUCGAUUACUACGAAAAAAGCAUUUGCUGCCACUGUUGUUAUAGCCUCUGGUGGAUACCCAGGCAGUUAUGCUAAGGGUAAACCCAUUACACUUCCUAAAGAUGCUAAGGAUACUAUCAUCUAUCAUGCUGGCACCACUAUUAAGAACGAUCAACUUAUUACCGAUGGAGGUCGUGUCCUAUCUGUUUCUGCUGUAGCAGAUUCCUUGCGUGAAGCUGUAGAUAAAGCAUAUUCUAGUAUUCAAUCUAUUCACUUUGAUAAUAUGUAUUAUCGUAAAGAUAUUGCUCAUAGAGCAUUCAAGCAUGCUAAUGAAAAUAACACUAAAAACGGGCUUUCUUAUGCAGAUGCCGGUGUUUCAAUUGAUGCUGGUAAUUUGCUUGUUCAAAAAAUUAAACCUCUUGUCAAGUCAACCAAGCGAGUAGGUGCUGACUCUGAUAUUGGUGGCUUUGGCGGUCUCUUUGAUCUUAAAGCAGCAGGCUUUGUUGACCCCAUCUUAGUAUCUGCUACAGAUGGCAUUGGAACUAAACUCAAGAUUGCACAAGAAUGUAAUAUUCAUAAUACGGUGGGUAUUGAUUUGGUUGCUAUGAAUGUCAACGAUUUGAUUGUACAAGGCGCAGAGCCAUUAUUUUUCUUGGAUUACUUUGCCUGUGGUAAAUUGGAAGUAGAUGUGGGUAAGGACUUUGUCGAAGGCGUCGUCAAUGGCUGUCUUCAAUCGGGUUGUGCCCUUGUUGGUGGUGAAACAGCAGAGAUGCCAGGUUUAUAUGCUCUAGGUGACUACGAUGGUGCUGGUUUCACAGUAGGUGCCGUUGAGCGACAGAAGAUUCUUCCACGUUUAAAUGACAUUAAAGCUGGCGAUGUUGUACUUGGUUUAGCCUCCUCUGGUGUUCAUUCGAAUGGGUUCUCACUUGUACGUAAGAUUGUUAGCUCUCAACCUGGAUUAAAUUAUCAUUCUCCUUGUCCCUGGGAUACAUCAAAGACAGUUGGUGAAGCACUCUUGGUUCCUACACGUAUCUAUGUUCAACAAUUAUUACCUGUCGUUAAAAAGGAUUUAAUUAAGGCUAUGGCCCAUAUCACAGGGGGUGGUUUCCUUGAAAAUAUUCCUCGUGUUAUGCCUAAAGAUCUUGCUGUUAUUGUAGAUGCUAAAUCUUAUGAGUUACCUCCCAUCUUUAAGUGGUUGAAAGAAGCAGGUGGUCUCUCUGCUCAUGAAAUGUCUCGCACCUUUAAUUGUGGUAUCGGUAUGGUCAUCAUUGCUGAUCGUAACCAUGUCCCUGAAAUUAUUCAAAUGUUAGAAGCUGCCAAUGAAACAGUAUAUGAACUUGGCUCUGUUACCACUAGAGAAGAAUUAAAUGGUAAAGAAGUUGAAGUUCGCAAUACUGAUAUUUGGUAAAAAAAAAAAAAUAGUAAUAAUCAUAAUCAUCUUCUUUAUUUUGUAUAUAAAUGUAUACUACUAUUAAAAUUGCAUAAAUAUCUAUAAUAUUUUUUUUUCUUAAAAAAAAAAAUCGAAAUCAUCAAGAAUAAAACAAAAAACCGAAAUAGAAU